AUGGCUGGGCUCACGCGCCUGCAGUGCCGGUCGUUGAUGCGGCUGUCUGGGAAAGCGACUCCCCUCGUCCACCAACAGUUCACUAACACACCGCCGGCGAGGCAGGCCUCCACGCAGGCUGCAUCAGAUGGAUCCAAGAAGGAGCGUAUCGUCAUUCUCGGCUCCGGCUGGGCUGGAUACGCCGUCGGUCGUACCCUCAAACCGUCCAGAGCAACUCGCAUCCUCAUCUCACCUCGCUCUCACUUCGUCUUCACUCCGCUCCUGGCUUCGACCUCGGUUGGGACGCUCGAAUUCCGAGCCGCCAUCGAGCCCGUCCGCCGCCUCAACCUGGAUGAAUUUCACCAGGCAUGGGCGUCCGACAUCGACUUUCAACGCAAGGUCAUUCGCGUAGAGGCCAAUACACGCGGCGACGUCGGCGCCGUCACGGGUGUGCAGCUGACCAAGGGUACCGAGUUCGAAGUGCCCUACGACAAACUUGUACUCGCCGUUGGGUGCUACAGCCAGACCUUUGGCAUCGAAGGUGUUAAGGAGCAUGCCUGCUUCCUCCGCGAUAUCGGUGACGCUCGCAUCAUACGGCUGAAGGUCCUGGCUGCCUUCGAAAAGGCGAGCCUGCCCACGACAAGCGACGAAGAGCGGCGCAAGCUACUGCACUUUGCCGUUGUCGGCGGCGGCCCCACGGGCAUCGAGUUUGCUGCUGAGCUGCACGACUUGGUGAGAGAUGACUUGUCAAAGCUCUUUCCUGAUCUGAAGCGCUUCGUCGCCAUCACCAUCUACGACAUUGCGCCAAAGGUCCUGCCCAUGUUCGACCAGAGUCUGGCCAAUUAUGCCACCGAGAUGUUCCGACGUCAGGGCAUCACCGUGAAGACGGAGCACCACCUGCAGCGGAUACGACGCGAGGGCGACUAUCUCAUGUUGAAGGUGAAGGAGUUGCCCGAUGAGGUUGGAGCUGGAGUCGUCGUCUGGAGUACAGGCCUGACCCAGAAUCCGCUGACCAGUCACUUGUUGGGCCGCGAAAUCGAAGGACUAGGCAAGAUCGCCAAGGACCCUCGCACGGGCGGCAUCGUCACGGACGAACACAUGCGCGUACAGCUUGAGCCUGUGCAAAGUCAGAACGCCGAUGGAGCACCUUCGGACGCCGGAUCGCCGACCACGACGCUACCAGAUGUCUUUGCCGUGGGCGACUGCACUGCCGUCAAGGGGCGCAACUACCCGGCUACGGCCCAGGUGGCCAGCCAGCAGGCGGCGUACCUGGCCAAGCAGCUCAACAAGGGCGAAGCAGAUUCACCCUCGUCGCCGCCAUUCAAGUUCCGCAAUCUCGGCACGAUGGCGUACCUUGGCAGCUGGCGGGCCAUUCACCAGAGCGGCAAGGACGAGCUCAAGGGCCGCGCGGCGUGGAUCUUAUGGCGAACCGCGUAUCUGACCAAGAGCAUGAGUAUCAAGAACAAGAUCAUGAUCCCAGUGUACUGGCUGAUUACCUGGAUUUUCGGGCGGGAUAUCUCGAGGUUUUGA